UUCCCUUCCGCUUCUCUUGCUUUCCUGCAUCUACUCACGCUGCUAUGCCUGCCUAGAAAGCUAGGCAAAGAAAUUAUCAGUACACCCUUCUUUGGCCAAAUACAAAUGUGAAUACACGACGCAUUCGUCUGUACCUCUCCGUUUUAGUACAGCAGCCCCAGAACCCCACCAAGGGAAAGCCAGACAACCAUAGGAGAGGCUAAGGUCUGUAGUACAUAUAUGCCUUCUUCGUCCACAGCCAUCAACUGACUGUUUCUAUUAUCCAAACGCUGUAUCUAGAGAGAGAGAGAGAGUAAUGGGGAGAGGGAGAGUGGAGCUGAAGAGGAUAGAGAACAAGAUCAACAGGCAGGUGACCUUCUCAAAGAGGAGGAAUGGGCUGUUGAAGAAGGCCUAUGAGCUCUCUGUGCUGUGUGAUGUUGAGGUCGCGCUCCUCAUCUUCUCCAGCCGUGGCAAGCUCUAUGAGUUUGGCAGCGCUGGCCCUUCUGGCAUAAAUAAGACACUUGAACGAUACCAACGUGACAACUUCACUCCUCAAGACAACGUUGCUGAACAUGAGACACAACAGAACUGGUUUCAAGAGAUAUCAAAAUUGAAGGCAAAAUAUGAAUCUCUUCAACAAACUCAGAGGCAUUUGCUUGGAGAAGACCUUGGACCGCUGAAUGUGAAAGAGUUGCAAAAUCUUGAGAAGCAGCUUGAACAAGCUCUUGCACAAGCUAGGCGAAGGAAGACACAACUUAUGUUGGAACAAAUGGAUGACCUCCGCAAAAAGGAGCGGCAGCUCGGAGAUCUUAACAAGAAACUCAAGUCUCAGCUGGAGGCAGAAGGACUAAAUCUGAAGGCCAUUCAAGCGCUUUGGACCUCCACAUCUGAUGCUGCUGGAACUAGCAGCUUCCAUGUCCACCAUUCUCAACGGAUACCCUUGGAUUGCGAACCCCAGCCGGUCUUGCAAAUCGGGUACCAGUAUGCUCAAGCAGAAGGAUCAUCUGUUACAAAGAGCGGUACUGGUGAAACCAACUUCAUUCAAGGAUGGGUCCUCUAAACAACAUAUGGAACAGAAAAAUGCAUCUUCUAUGAAUAUGAUCGCAUGCUUGAUUUCUUGUCCUAAACAUACUUUUUAAGCAUCGUUUUUUUUUUUUUUUUGCCAAGUGGGUUGGCCAUCCUGAUAAAGGUGAUCAGAGUGAGAUGGGUUUGUCCAUCAAAUUUACUGUGUUCGUGGCGCAAUUAGAGUGCGUGCCAUGUAAAUAUAUAUAUCUAUGUUGUGAUGCAUUCCAGAAAAGACAGGAGUUUCAACUACGGGAACAA